GCGGCGGCCCCGCCUCUAGCUGGGUAGCGGCUGCGGGACUGGUCGUGGCAAGUGGGGGCUCGGCGGGAGCUCCCGGUGGCCUUCCGUACGCGGAGGGUGGGGGUCUCGGGCCUCUCCCCUCCGGCGCCUUCCCGGACUGGACUCCCCCGCCUCCAUCAAACCCGCUCCCGGGUCCCGCCCCGCGCCGGGUCGGCUGUAACCGCGCCUCGGGCCGGACGAUGCCCAAGAAGCUUGCUGCCGCUGCCCCCGCUCUCCGCGUCCUCGGCUUUCCGCGCCCCGCGAGCCCGCCCCGCCGCGCUCCCGGCCAUGAACGCUGCCCGCACCGGCUACCGAGUCUUCUCGGCCAACUCCACGGCCGCCUGCACCGAGCUGGCCAAGCGCAUCACCGAACGUCUUGGUGCUGAAUUGGGGAAAUCUGUUGUAUACCAAGAGACUAAUGGAGAAACAAGAGUCGAAAUAAAAGAAUCUGUGCGUGGCCAGGAUAUUUUCAUUAUACAGACUAUACCCAGAGAUGUGAACACAGCCGUGAUGGAGCUCCUGAUCAUGGCCUACGCCCUGAAAACCUCCUGUGCCAGGAACAUUAUCGGCGUCAUCCCGUACUUCCCCUACAGCAAGCAGAGCAAGAUGAGGAAGCGCGGCUCCAUCGUGUGCAAGCUUCUGGCGUCCAUGCUGGCGAAAGCAGGUUUAACUCACAUUAUCACUAUGGAUCUUCAUCAAAAGGAAAUUCAAGGCUUUUUCAGCUUUCCCGUGGACAACCUUAGAGCCUCACCUUUCCUGCUUCAGUAUAUCCAGGAAGAAAUUCCAAAUUACAGAAAUGCAGUCAUUGUAGCUAAGUCUCCUGAUGCUGCAAAAAGGGCCCAGUCCUACGCGGAGAGGCUGCGCCUGGGCCUGGCUGUGAUCCACGGGGAAGCUCAGUGCACAGAGCUGGACAUGGACGAUGGCCGCCACUCCCCUCCGAUGGUCAAGAACGCAACCGUGCAUCCAGGCCUGGAGCUGCCCCCGAUGAUGGCCAAAGAGAAGCCACCGAUAACUGUGGUCGGAGACGUUGGAGGACGCAUCGCGAUCAUAGUGGACGACAUUAUUGAUGACGUGGAAAGUUUUGUCGCUGCCGCAGAGAUCCUGAAAGAGAGAGGUGCCUACAAGAUCUACGUCAUGGCCACUCAUGGCAUCCUGUCAGCGGAUGCCCCCCGCCUCAUCGAGGAGUCCUCUGUCGACGAGGUGGUGGUGACCAAUACUGUCCCUCACGAGGUGCAGAAGCUGCAGUGUCCCAAGAUAAAGACCGUGGAUAUCAGUUUGAUUCUUUCUGAAGCAAUUCGGAGAAUCCACAAUGGAGAGUCCAUGGCUUACCUUUUCCGGAACAUCACAGUGGACGACUAGCUUUCGUGGUUGCCUUGACCCUGGAAAUCCAAGAAAACCAUGUAAAAAGCAGUGCCAUCGUUACCUACACAGUGUUUCCCCUCCAGGGAGGACCGGCAAGUCUGCCGCUGGAUGGCGCCUCUCGCCAAGUUUGGUAGGAGGUCUUAAGAUAGUCAAGAGGAAGCCAGAGCUGAUGGAUAAGGAACUGGGCCUUAAGCACCUGCCAUCAGCAGUCCCAUUCUAACCACAAGUUAUGUGCUCUUCCCUGAAAAUCUUGCCGAAAGGGAGUUAAAGGCAGAGAAAGUCUCCACUCUGUAGUGCGUUCGUUGCCUCACCUUCGGGGAGACGCAGGGUUGGCGGUGAGCCUGGCCCGGGACGCCGGUGCCCGGCAGUGUCUGCUCGGCUGUCCUCUCCCCACUCAGCUUCACCUGAGUCUUUUAUAGAGUCCUGUAUUUUUCUUUCAGAAACUGCUGUGCCUAGAGCCGUGGAACAAGGAAGCAGUUGUAACUGCUGGCAAGGAUGUCAGAUUGGAGAAUGACGUCUCAUCUCAGCAUAUCUGCAUUGCUCUUAAAUUGCAAAUAAAAGCAUUCGUUGUCUUGCCA